AUGGCUGCGUUGGACGUUGAAAAGCGAGCUGUACUUGCGCCUCCAACGCGCCGCACCCUCCCAUGCCUAGCACUCUUCCUCGGGGUCCUGGUCACAAUCUCAAUCGGGGCGAUAUCCCGCCGGUGUUCUGAAAAGACUUUUCUUUUCACCGGCUAUAUUGGUUCUCAAGCCGAUCAUUCUCACUUCAGGCUCAAGUCUCAGGCGGUCAACAGUCGGUCUCCAACCGCUAAGGCCGACGAGACAACAUCCGUUACGUCGUCGGCCGCGGCAUCGACCCCAACCGUCCUCAAGACCUUUGAGGUUGCUCAGCCGGUCUUGAUGCCCGACGGCCCGGCCGAGAGUGACGGAUCACCUCGCCAUGGGAAAGAUUAUUCGCCCGAGCAAUGCACCGUCCAGUUGAUGAGGCAUGAUUUUGCCUGGAGUUAUGACGCCCCGUUCGUCGGGACUUACACCCCGCCUGACUGUGAGUUUAAUCGGGUCGUGCUCAACUUCAGCGUUGUGAGCCAGGGUCGGCAGUUUGACCGCCUUGCCAUUAUGUAUUUUGGCGAUACUGAAGUCUGGAGAACUUCUACCGCCGAGCCCACAGCCCCUCCCGGGAUCAGUUGGAUAUAUCUCAAGGACAUGACUGAGUACAUGUACUUCUGGAAGUCCCCUCAGAAGAUUAUUUUCGAUCUCGGAAACCUCAUUAAUGACAAGUACACGGGCAUUUUUAACGCCACCAUGACCGCCAUCUUCCACAACGCCGACGUCCUAACUGAACAGGCACCCCCAAGCGACCUGAUUAUCCCAAUCUCAGCCCGUCACGGAGCAAAUAACUCAGUCAGCCGUUUCAUGUUGCCGGCCGAGAACGCAACCAACACCAUCAAUCUCCCGCGGAAUAUCCGCCGCGCUGUGUUCUCCGUCUCGGCCAACGGACAGGCAGGCGAGGAGUUUUGGUGGAGUAACGUGCUGCAGAACGACAUAUACACCUUCAACGCCACCGCUGGCGAGCUUCCCGGCUUGAGUCCUUUCCGUGAAGUUCAGGCGCUCAUCGACGGUCAGCUUGCUGGCGUUGAGUGGCCCUUCCCAGUCAUCUUCACUGGCGGUGUCGUGCCCUCGUUGCACCGUCCCAUCGUCGGCAUACACGCAUUCGAUCUCCGCGAGCACGAGAUCGACAUCACUCCGUUCCUGCCUCUGCUCUGCGAUGGCAAGAAGCACACUUUCACCAUCCGUGUCGCCGGCCUAAACAGCACCGGCAACAGCACCUCGGCCACCCCCCUGACCGACUCCGUCAACGAAAGCUGGUACGUCACCGGCAAGCUCUUCCUCUGGCUCGAUGACGACCCCUAUUCUAUUACCACUGGCGACGCCCCAACCAUCGUCAGCCCUCGCCCAACCAUCGUCAUCACCCGCUCGCUUACCACCACCCCAAACGGCACCAACGAAACCCUGACCUACACCACCUCGGUCCAACGCACCCUGCAGAUCACGGCCCGCAACCUCAAAACCCAACACUACUCGUCGUCGUCAUCAUCCUCCCCGGCAGCAUCCUGGUCCCAAUCCCUGCGGUACACCAACAAUGGCCACAUCACCGCCUUCGGCUAUGCCCAAGUCAACAACCUGCUCAUAUCGGGCAACGACACCGCCGUUCUGGUGCCCGAGAUGCCCUUCUCCACCUCCACCACUACCACCACCUCUCCCUCCUCCUCUUCCUUGAGGCCCAACGCCAGUGGCCUGUCAGUAUACCGCGCCGCGUACACCUACCCGCUCUUAUGCAACUCGUCCUACGCCGUCUCGCCGCAGGGCGGCAACCUAUCCAUCUCGGCGCAUCUCUGGCAGGGGAAGGAGUUGACUGUGGAAGGGCCGAGUGUGUUUGUUACGGGGUUGGAGGCCUUUUUCUCCUCCCGUCCUGGCGAUGAUGAUGGUGAUGGUGAGGAGGAUGGUUACAUUGCUGCUGCUGGUGGUGGUUGGUGGGGGAGGGGGGCCUUGGCCAGCAGACUGGAGACGAUCAAGGAGGGGACGGCUGAGUUGAGGCAGAGUGGGGAUGGGAGGGAGAGUAUCGGGUGGGGGGAGGCGAGGCAGGUUUUUUGGUUUGGGGUUGAAGCUUCUUCUUCUUCUCAUGAUCAUUGGAGGGUGGGGAGAAGGGAGGAGUUGUAUUAUAGGGAGGUGGAGGCUGUUAAUGGGACGGUGGUGGAGGAUUUGAGGCGGAUGAAGGGGAGGGAGGAGGAAGGGGGAAGUGAGGGUUGGAAGAGGACGGUGUUGGCGGACGCUGCGGCUUUGGUGUAUGCUUAA